CACCAUGCCGCUGGGUGGCCAUUAUCCUCCUACUUCUCCCUACGCCCCGUCAUUUCAAAAAUGAAAUCUGAAGAUCCAUUAUUGAAAUUUUCUCAUCUUGUUGAUUUUAGUGAGCAUGAUAACUCGGAAAUCGCCCGAGCUAUCCUCCCACGUACCGGAGACCAGUAUGACCGUGCACUUCACAUUUUUGACAAGUUUAUUUCGCUACAUCCCCAAGCUAUAGACCCUCCAGAUAUCAAGACCUAUAAGGCCUUUUUAGAGUUUGCAGCGCGUGGCAUGAAAGGUCGGAUCAAAGAGAGGCCUACGAUUGGAACGGUUGAGUCCUUUCGCAGAGAUUUUGAGGCAGGCAUGUCCCUUAGGAGAAAAUACAACUUCCCGAUAGAGGUGUCUACAACACUGCGAGAGAUCUCCCUUUCGACUGACGAAAUGGAUAAAGAUGGGCUGUCGCCAAAUGACCUUACUGUGCUUAUGACUCAGCUAUGGUGUAGGGACUUUCACGAGUUUCGCGGUGAGAUCCCUGAUAGAACGAGAGUGCAACUAAGUGCGGCGAUUCUUUUGUACUGUUUCACAUCAGCAAGAACAGGAGAGGUUCAUGAGUCGACAUGUCGGCGAAAGGUGUCAAGAGAACAUGGUACAGACAAGGAAGAUAAGGAGCUAGAAGCCAGAGUUAUGGCGGCCUGUUACAAGCAUUUCAUUCUUAGUAUCGAGAAUGUUGAUGGACAAUCUGUGCUAGUACUUACCUACCAGCGAGAAUUCGUUAAAGGCCACUGGAGAAAAAAACGAUGGGAACUCCCAAUCCACGCCUUCUACGAAAUCUACAGGGAGGAAGUACCCCUUUUUUUCAAUAUUCUUACAUUCUUUUUGCCGAUGGCAUCUGCCGACGAUGCAUUUCGGGAUUUUUCUUCAAUCGGUGAAAUCCUGAAUACGGCAGAAGCCUACACAAACACCUCUCCCAUCAAAAAUGAAGUCUUGCAAGUUAUUGUCUUCAAGGAACAUGUUCUGGAGGUUCCAGUAUUCCGACCAUUCAGUGAACAACAUGUGAACAAGAGUAGCGGAAAAGCUCGGGGAGCAGAUGCUUUUGGCAAAGAGUUUGUCGGGCUGGGUCACCGCAGUGGGUUCAUUCGAAACCACUCUGAAUCGGCACGCAUGAAGUUCGCGGGACAGUCCAAUCGAGAUACAUACGGAAAGUACUAUGCCCAUCCGCUUAGCGAAGUAGAUGGCCCAGCAACUUAUCUUGGCAUUGAAAGCCGGCAUGGGCAUAUCCAAAACCGCCGCGGAAUGGGGAUUUAUCAAAACCCUCAACUGUUACAGUCACUUCCCGCAAAGGCGGAAUUUGAGUUCGAAGACCGGGAUGAUGUUCGUGCUCUCAACAGAGACAUGGAUUCCCUAGGUGCUUUAUUACCUUUUACGAAUGACCAUAAACAGAAACGCGAAAUUCAAGUCAAGCAACAUCAAGUUUACAAUGAAAAGCAGCGACUCUAUAAAGAGGAGCUAAAGAUGGUUCAAAUGUUGCAGCCCAAUACUCUGACAAAAUCCUCUGGGCACCCAGGCGAAUUACACGAACAGAAUCUUUUCCACUACAGACGAAGGGUUAUGCCGGAGCGUGAUUUAUUAGCGACAGUGCUCCCUCAGAGGGUUAGCUUACGAAGUUGCCAAGGAAGACAGACGUUAGAGGCGCUGGAGUCUCUCUGCAAAGAAAUACGCCCUGUUGCUUAUCGUUCUGGCCUCCAGCCAGUAGAUGGGAAAUGUCCGUGUGGAGAAAAAAUGGACAAGUUAGUUCCCUUGAUAAUUGAUAAUGAUUCUACGCUAACAACCUUAGUUUCUAUCCUCAUCGAAGAUGGCUACACCUUUAUCGUUCUUUGCCAUAUGAGCAAGUACGAUUUUGCGGAAAUGUGUUUCGAAUGUGACAGUUGGUUUAACGACCCAGCAAAGUGGGAAUCUCACUGCAAGAACCAUCUUGAACGACCUCAGGAGCUACUGCGAUGUGAUCCAUUGAUGUUUCGCAAUGCCCCAAUCAAGGCAGGGUUUUGCCCGUUCUGUUUAGGCAAUGCGAAUCUGCCUCCAUCAAAGCGGAUGCACCAGUUUAUCGUCAACCGCACGAAGUGGCAUAAUCACGUCGAAGCCCAUUUGACUAAAUUAAAAGGGUAUUAUUCUUGUGAACAUCCUGCUUGCUCAAUGAAAUUUGAGAACUUUCACGAUUUGGUACUUCAUCUCGUCGACACACACUGCUAUCAGCCUCCUCGUGGACACAAGAGAUCAUGGAUUGAAUCAAAUAAAGAAUAA